AUGUUGUUCUUCUCUAGGCCUUUGUCGACUUUUGCGUCGACAUCGCAAUGUCGUAAUGCACCCACGCUGUCGCCGCGACCAACUACCGCUUCGUGUCAUUCCCGGGCGCGUUCCACUUCUUCAGAGGCAUUCAGUCGUCCAAGAGUUCACAGUUUGGUAUCCUGGGAGCUUGUUCCCACAGCAAAACUAUCACCACUAUCCUCCCCAGCUUCCGUUCCUUCUUCGUCCGUCUCCCAUUCUCCACCACCAGAAGAAGAGUCUGUUUCAUGGGAGGUCGUCAAUGAGGAUACCUCAGCGCUGAUAGCAGACCAUUCCUACAUUCCCUCCCUUGACGGCUUUUCUCCUGCAUCUGCAGAAUUAUCCCACUCUGACCCCGAGCACACAUCGCUAUCCGAAUUUGACAUAGAGACUUUCCCAUCCCAUGCCCAUCUGUUCCCUUCGUCACCAAACGGCACAUGGCGUAAUGAGUCACUUCACGCGUUAACACACCCUACAGCCGUUGAUUACAAAGCGCUGUGUAAUAAGCUCCGUGCGCUAGUUGAAGAAGCGUCUGACGAGGUUUCUGUAAGAGUGAAUCGAGUUUUUGAGAGGUCUGAUGUACCGGCAAUACAUGACAAAGUCUUGAAGAUUAUACCUUCAGUUUCGAUGCCGGAUAUGAGGGAUCUUGAGCGCGCUGUUGAUGCCGGGUGUGAAUGGGGAUGUGGAUUAUUAGAGCGGAGACAUACAAGGAGUAGAGCGCGGGAAGGGUGA